CUGGCCCAGCGCGGCGGCGGCGGCGCGCAGGGAGGCAGGAGCGAGCGAGCGAGCAUGGAGCCCGCCUGAGGAGCCCGUGGGCAGGCGCUGCUGCUGCCUCGGCGGCACACUCAACAACAUGGAGGCGGAGGCGGCGGCGGAGAGGAGGCGGCGGCGGCGGCGGCUGCAGGGUCUGCCGCUCUGGCUCCGGGCUGUGCUCCUGGCCGCCUGGCCGCUGCUCCUCCGCUGCCCCGCGGGCGCCGUCGCGGCAUCUCCGCUCUUGCUUUUUGCUAACCGACGAGAUGUUAGACUGGUGGAUGCCGGAGGAGUGAAGGCGGAGUCAACAAUCGUUGUCAGUGGCUUGGAAGAUGCUGCUGCAGUUGACUUCCUGUACUCUCAAAGUGUUAUUUACUGGACAGAUGUGAGCGAAGAAGCCAUCAAACAGACUUACUUUAACCAAACUGGGAAUCUGGUGCAGAAUGUCAUCGUUUCAGGUCUGGUUUCCCCAGAUGGUCUGGCAUGUGACUGGAUUGGUAAAAAAUUGUAUUGGACAGACUCUGAAACGAACAGGAUAGAAGUUGCUAAUCUCAACGGAACAUCUAGAAAGGUUCUCUUUUGGCAAGACCUUGACCAGCCAAGAGCAAUAGCCCUGGAUCCAGCUCACGGAUACAUGUAUUGGACAGACUGGGGUGAGACACCUAGAAUAGAGCGGGCUGGAAUGGACAGUAGCAUUCGGAAAAUAAUUGUGGAUGCUGACAUUUAUUGGCCUAAUGGACUCACCAUCGAUUUGGAAGAACAAAAGCUUUAUUGGGCAGAUGCAAAGCUGAGUUUCAUUCACAGAGCAAAUCUGGAUGGCUCUUUCAGGGAAAAAGUCGUGGAAGGUAGUCUCACUCAUCCAUUUGCUUUGACGCUGGCCGGAGAUACCCUUUACUGGACAGACUGGCAAACCCGCUCCAUUCAUGCCUGUAACAAAAGAACAGGAGAGAAAAGGAGAGAAAUACUAAGUUCGCUCUACUCACCGAUGGACAUCCAGGUUUUGAGCCCUGAAAGGCAACCAUAUUUUCAUACACCCUGUGAAGAUAAUAAUGGUGGCUGCUCCCAUUUGUGCCUGUUGUCUCCAAGAGAUCCCUUUUACAGCUGUAACUGUCCCACUGGAGUCCAGCUUCAGGAAGAUGGCAAGACAUGCAAAGCAGGUGCUGAGGAAGUACUCUUGCUUGCCAGAAGAACAGAUUUACGAAGAAUUUCAUUGGACAUGCCAGAUUUCACUGACAUUAUCCUGCAGAUAGACAAUAUCAGGCAUGCUAUUGCCAUAGACUACGAUCCGGUUGAUGGUUACAUAUAUUGGACCGACGAUGACGUCAGAGCCAUUCGUCGGGCCUUCCUCGAUGGAACAGGAGCUCAGACAAUUGUAUCAACAGAAAUAGACCAUCCGGAUGGUAUAGCAGUGGACUGGGUGGCCAGGAACUUAUACUGGACAGACACUGGUACAGAUCGCAUUGAAGUCACACGGUUGAAUGGGACAUCAAGAAAAAUCCUCAUUUCAGAAAACCUAGAUGAACCCAGAGCAAUAGUGCUCAAUCCUGUGAUGGGGUAUAUGUACUGGACAGACUGGGGUGAAAAUCCAAAAAUUGAGUGUGCUUAUUUGGACGGCUCUGAGAGGAAAGUCCUUGUGAACACUUCUUUAGGAUGGCCUAAUGGUUUGGCUUUGGAUCUUGAAGAAAGCAAACUUUAUUGGGGAGAUGCAAAGAUUGACAAAAUUGAGGUAAUAAACCUGGAUGGAACCAUGAGAAAAACUCUCAUCGAAGAUAAGCUUCCCCAUAUAUUUGGAUUUACAUUGCUGGGAGAUUAUAUCUACUGGACCGAUUGGCAGAGACGAAGCAUUGAAAGAGUUCACAAGAUAAGGGCAAGUAGGGACAUCAUUAUUGAUCAGUUGCCAGAUCUGAUGGGCCUUAAAGCAGCAAGUGUCACCAAAGCUGUUGGAACAAAUCCAUGUGCUGAGAAUAAUGGAGGUUGCAGCCACCUCUGUUUCUUCACACCACAAGAGUGCAGAUGUGCCUGUCCUAUCGGCCUGGAGUUACUUAGCGAUAUGAAGACCUGUAUCAUUCCAGAAGCCUUUCUUGUUUUUACUAGCAGAGCUGCCAUUCAUAGGAUUUCUCUGGAAACAAAUAAUAAUGAUGUAGCUAUUCCUCUUACUGGUGUCAAGGAAGCCUCUGCACUAGAUUUUGACGUAUCUGACAACAGAAUUUAUUGGACAGAUAUUAGUCUAAAGACCAUAAGCCGAGCUUUCAUGAAUGGAAGUACAGUAGAGCACGUGAUUGAAUUUGGGUUGGAUUACCCUGAAGGAAUGGCUGUAGACUGGAUGGGGAAAAACCUUUAUUGGGCAGAUACUGGAACCAAUAGAAUUGAAGUGGCACGCCUGGAUGGUUUAUAUCGGCAAGUUCUUGUGUGGAAAGAUUUGGACAAUCCAAGGUCUUUAGCUCUUGAUCCAUCUAAAGGGUACAUGUAUUGGACAGAAUGGGGAGGCAAACCAAAAAUUAUUCGGGCAUACAUGGAUGGUUCAAACAGCAUCACCCUCGUAGAUAAAGUGGGACGUGCUAACGAUCUUACAAUAGAUUAUGAAGAUCAAAGACUUUAUUGGACUGAUCUGGACACAAGCAUGAUUGUAUCAUCUAAUAUGCUAGGGCAAGAGAGGGAAAUAAUAGCUGAUGAUCUACCUCACCCUUUUGGACUAACUCAGUACAGCGACUUCAUAUACUGGACAGAUUGGAACCUUCACAGCAUUGAAAGAGCUGACAAGAUAAGCGGGAGGAACCGGACACUAAUUCAGGGGCGUCUGGAUUUUGUGAUGGAUAUAUUGGUUUUUCAUUCAUCACGACAAGACGGCUUCAAUGAAUGUGUGCAAAGCAAUGGCCACUGUGGACAGUUGUGCCUAGCUAUACCAAAUGGUUACACAUGUGGCUGUGCAUCUCACUACACCUUGGAGCCCAACAGCCGGAACUGCAGUUCACCCAGCAGCUUUCUACUAUUCAGUCAGAAGUCUGCAAUAAGUCGGAUGAUACCAGACGACCAGCAGAGUCCGGACAUUAUCCUUCCCAUUCAUGGUCUAAGAAAUGUCAAGGCUAUAGAUUAUGAUCCCUUGGAUAAAUUGAUAUACUGGGUUGAUGGACGUCAAAAUAUUAUUAAAAGAGCCAAAGAUGAUGGCACUCAGCCAUUCACAGUCAUGGGAACCCCCAACCAAAGCCAAAAUCCAGAAAAGCAGCCACAUGACCUCAGCAUUGAUAUUUUCAGCCACACUUUGUACUGGACCUGUGAAGCCACAAAUACUGUCAAUGUCCAUAGACUUAAUGGAGAUCAAAUUGGAAUUGUGUUGCGAGGAGAUCAUGACAAGCCAAGGGCCAUAGUAGUAAAUGCUGAGCGAGGAUACAUGUAUUUCACCAAUAUGCAAGAACGAGCCCCAAAGAUUGAACGUGCAGCCUUGGAUGGCACAGAACGAGAAGUGCUUUUCACUACUGGCUUGCUCCGGCCUGUUGCACUAGUGAUUGACAACAAACUUGGGAAGCUAUUUUGGGUGGAUGCAGAUCUCAAACGAAUCGAAAGCUGUGAUUUAUCAGGAGCUAACCGUGUGACAUUACAAGAUUCCAACAUUCUUCAACCAAUGAGUCUGACAGUGUUAGGAAAUCAUCUAUAUUGGAUUGACCGCCAGCAGCAGAUGAUAGAAAGAAUUGAGAAAACGAAUGGGUACAAGCGGGCCAGAAUACAAGGUCGAAUUGCUCAUCUUUCAGGCAUUCAUGCAGUUGAAGAGAUCGAUAUGGCAGAAUUCUCUGCCCAUCCUUGCUCCCGGGACAACGGUGGAUGUUCGCACAUCUGUAUAGCCAAAGGAGAUGGAACUCCUCGUUGCUCGUGCCCAGUUCACUUGGUUCUUCUACAGAACCUGUUAACAUGUGGAGAGCCUCCAACAUGUUCUCCAGAUCAGUUCACGUGUGCAACAGGGGAAAUAGACUGCAUCCCAAUGGCGUGGCGCUGUGAUGGAUUCUCUGAAUGUGAUGAUAAGAGUGAUGAAGCUAACUGUCCAGUCUGCUCAGCAGACCAGUUUCAGUGUCAGAAAGGGCAAUGUAUCGACAGACGUUUGAGGUGUAAUGGAGAAAUUGAUUGCCAAGAUAAAUCCGAUGAAACUGACUGCGAAACAAUUUGUCACCCAAAUGAGUUUCGAUGUGCCAGUGGCCAGUGUGUUCUUAUGAAACAGCAAUGCGACUCUUUUUCAGACUGCAUUGAUGGCUCUAAUGAACUUGCAUGUGCAAAAAUUAAACCAUCCUUAGAUGAAUCUCAGCCUCACAGUAGUGCUAUUUGGCCUGUUAUUGGUAUCAUCCUUUCCAUUUUUAUCUUGGGAGGGAUGUACUUUGUUUGCCAGCGAGUAGUAUGUCAACGUUAUGCUGGGCCCAACGGACCUUUCCCACAUGAAUAUGUCAGUGGUACACCUCAUGUUCCUUUAAAUUUUAUUGCUCCAGGGAGUUCUCAGCAUGGCACUUUUACAGGCAUCUCCUGUGGAAAAUCUAUGAUUAGCUCCAUGAGCCUUAUGGGAGGAAGUAGUGGUGCACCUCUUUAUGAUAGAAACCAUGUAACCGGGGCCUCAUCUAGUAGCUCAUCUAGUACUAAAGCCACUUUCUAUCCACAGAUCCUGAAUCCACCACCUUCACCAGCCACCGACCGUUCCCUUUAUAACACAGAAAUGUUCUAUUCCUCAAACAUUCCAUCAACAACAAGAUCUUACAGGCCGUACCUGAUCCGAGGGAUAGCUCCACCAACCACUCCCUGCAGCACCGAUGUAUGUGACAGUGACUACACAACAAGCCGGUGGAAAGCCAAUAAAUACUAUAUUGAUCUCAAUUCAGACUCAGACCCCUACCCCCCGCCUCCUACUCCCCGCAGCCAGUACAUGUCAGCAGAAGAGAGCUGCCCGCCGUCUCCGGCCACGGAGCGAAGUUACUUCCACCUCUACCCUCCUCCCCCAUCCCCUUGUACAGACUCUUCAUGAUUUCAGCAGAAGGAACUUUUCUUUUAUUUCUCCUGUAAAUAUAUUUUAAAUAUGAACAAAGAUUUUUAAAUAUAUAUUUUAUGAUCUAAAAUGGGGUGGGAACUUUUAAUAAUGUGAAUAAAAAUGGGUGGGUCAGGGCUGUGAAAAUUGUACAGCAAAAGAAUAUUUAUAAGAUGUGUUUUUUUAACUUAAUAUUCAUUCUUUUGUGCCAUAUUUUGCCUUUGCAUCGAAGUCACACAAUUUAAAUUGACCUCCAAAGGAGGCAGUAAGUGGGGAAUAUAUACUGAGAGCUUUUUGAAAUCACCAUUUUGAUUCAGUAAAGGGGAAUGUGGGGUGGUUGAUUUUUUGGCUUUUGUUUUGUUUUGUUUAAAUAUCAAAAAGAGGAGUAAGUAAUACUGUGUGAAUGAAAGGGAGUGGUGUUUAAAUACACGCACAGGAAAUUCAAAAUGUUUGCUUUAAGGGAUACUUGAUCAUAGGUAGUUAACCACAAAUAUGCACUUUCUUUUGGAACGCUGAAUGCAAAAAGAGGCCCCUCCUGUUGUAUUUAUUCCAUCGCCAUUUUGCUUUCCAAAAGAAUCAGUGCCUAAGAAAGCUUGCACUCACUUUAUCAUUUAAUACAAACCACUCUUAAUAGGACGAAAUGAGCAUGCAACUCCACUGGGCAAUCUUUACACAAAAACUCCCUUUAGGAUUCUGACAAUCUCAAUGUAAUAUUUAAUUGGAAAAGCUGAUGAAUCUUCAACUUUUUGCGGAAGCCCAUACAUUCAGUUUAGCAGUUGUCAAGAGGUAUGCAGUCAUGGGACUCGUGAUUCAAAUAGAAAUAGAGAAAUUGGGAAAAGGUACCACUAUUCAUUGUUGUGCUUUUCUGAAAAGUCACUCUCGCCCUGAGACGAAUUAGUCCCCCUGAUCUGUGAGUGCCAGUUGCUCACGGCACUCCGUCCCUCAUUUCUAGCCCCAGGAACCAUUGUGUGAAAAUUCAAAGUUUAUAAUUUUAUUUACAAAAAAUGGGACAGCUGAAUAAAAAUGUUUUGGCUAAAAUUGUGUCCCUAGUUCAUUGAGAAGGACAUUUAUAUAAUUGUUUACAAAUUGGAUAUAGCAGGUACCUGCUUAGAAGAAUCAUUCUUCCUUCUCUUUCAGGAAGGAAUGCUUCUUUUAGGAUUUCUGCUGACUUUUUUCCUAUGUUGAGAAACUGCAAGUCGCUUUUGGAGUGAGAGAAAUAGCCGUCUGCAAGGACGGUGCUCAGGGAACGCCUGGAUGUUUUUUGAUGUUUUAUCAUCCUUGUGGGAGGAUUCUGUCAUGUGCCCAUAUGGGAAGCUGGGAUUGACAGGUGGGAGCUCACUCCAUCUCGCAGAUACAAACCACUGACCUUCAGAUCAGCAGUUUAGCUGGCACAAGGGUUUAACCCAUUGCACCACCGUGGCUCCUACUGCUGACUGAAAGUUGACAAACUUCAAAUUGGAUUUAAAACUCCGAAGGUUUGACAGAUUUGGCUUAUUUUUCAUGAAAUUGAUGAAAAGAAUAUUUGCAUUAACUCCACCUAGAAGGGAUGAAAUUGCCUCAUAAUCACAGAGGUAGAGGAAAGCACCUCUGUGCUAGAUGCACCAAAUCCAGAGCUUAUGGCUAAAGCAUAUUAGAUAUGAAUAUCCAGAAUGCCUAUCCCUGGCUAUUUCAUUGGUUGUGAUGGAAACUGAAAGUAAAUGUUCUGAAAUUACUUCUAUUUUUCAGUAGAUUUUUUCCCUCAUAUUCCUGGAACAUACACCAUUGAAACAAGUAUUUGCCCUUUUUCCGAGUGUCAUCCCUGUCUUUUGUAGAGUGUAAUAUGAAAUCUCUUCUCAGAUAACAGUUAUACCAUUAACUAAGACAUCUGUAGCUUAGGAGCAGCAUGUCAAAGUUAUGCAUGACCCUGGGGCCUCAAUAGCAGCUUGUGGUACUAGUGUAACAUUCCAGCAAUACUGUUUUGGUACUGGUUCUGUGGUUUGUGUUGCAGGCACAACUGUAGGCGUCUCCCGUCCUAAUAGUGAUACAUCAGGUUUAAAGGUCAGUCUAUUAAUGAGUUUCACUCUCCAACACCUGGUUUCUGCUUAUCAGGGCACAGUGACUCCCAGCUGAUACUUCUUGAUGCACAUAUGAACCGUUCAGCUUGUGGGGGUCUAUUUUUGUUAUAUGCAGAGCCAUUUUCACCUUGGAACUGAGCAAUGAAGUCCUGUUCAUAUAUACUCUCCAGCAGCGUGUGGCCUGAGGAUGGGAUUAUUCCCUAUUUUAUGACUAUGGGAUGAUCUCCCUCUUCAUACCAUGGGGAACCAGCAUACAGGCAGUCCCCAAGUUACAAACAGGAUAGGUUCUGUAGGUUUAUUCUAAAGUUUAAUUUGUUUAAAGUCAAAACAGAUACAUUUUUAAGUGUAUAUAGCUGUGGUGUUUGUUUUGCUGCGUGUGCUCCUGUUCAGAUUUCACCUCAUUUUCUGUCCAUGUGACAAAUUGGAAUUUAAAAAAAUGUGGUUUGCUGUGGACACAAGGAUUGAUGCGAGAGCUUCAGUUGAGACACCUUUCCCCCGAUAACUCUUUCAUGAGUCAAUUUCCCUUCUGAGGGAUAGAUUUUCUCUCACUUCCUGUUGUCUCACCCCUAUUCUUAACUAUGAGUCAUUUGUAAAUCAGUUGUUUGUAACUCGGGGACUACCUGUGUAGAGCAGCUCUCUGGACAGGCAAGAAGAGAGUGCUGGUCAAAGCUCAGGCCUUUUGCUUGGUGAUACUCCUUUUCAGGGGAGUUUCUUGAGAGAAACAGCAGUACUACUUGCUCUACCUUACCUGUAUAUUUGCAUUUUUGUAUGCUCUUAUUGCUUUCUGCAGAAUGGUUGGAAGCCAAGAUCUCUAAAAGCUACAGUGCAAAAGGAGGGGGAAAGAACCAAAAGCAGUCUGUUUUCACAGCUGCCGUGGGCUUUUGACAAUUUUAGCCAGUGAAAAGAUGGGAAAUGUUUCUUUUAAAACUCAUAGGUGGACUUUUAACAAAUGAAACAUUACAAUUUGAUAUACAACUAUCCUUGUCAGGUAUUUCAUAUCUUUUUAGAGUGAAGUUUUGACUUCUAAUUUCUUUUGCUGUGCCAUUCUUUACAUCUAUCUGUUUUCCCUUAGCCUUUCGAACUCGCUGCUUAAUUUCAGAAAAGUUACUGAGACCCUGGGUGGGGUGUCGGAAUAAUAUCAAUUUCUUCAAAGUCAGCAUAUUGCAAAGACACAUCUUUCACUCCUCUAACAAGCUUCAAUAUUAAGGGGAAAGAUCUGUAAAUUUAGUCAUGUCUGUGCCCAUGGAUACUGCAAAAAAUUCCUUUCAUUAUUUAAAUUUUAGAAUGCCGUGAUAUGGUGGCACUGCUCGUCGCAAUGCAAUGCAAUCUUAAUGUUUCUAGUUGCUAUCUAUUCUCGACAGAUUUCUUAUUAUACAUAAUGAUAGUGUUAUAAGGCAUGAGAGUCUGGUUCUAUCCUAUGGUCUCAUAUCUUACUGAUAAAUACAGCAUGCACAUAUAUUUUACAAUGGAGAUAUUGUCAGUCAGUUGUUUGGCUUUGGCAUAACGGUGUUCAGUAUUUUGUGUGGCAUUUGUAAAGCGGCUGCGCUAUUUAGCUCUUAACUUUACAGAUCUUGAUUACAUAUGCAUGGCAAUUUCCAGUUGUCUUACAAGUGACACCGAACAUUAAAAGACAGAUUUCUCUGAGCUAUUGAGUUCUCUAAAGCAAAACAAAAUAAUAAAUUCACAUUAUUAGCGGUGCUUACCUUCUUUUCUGGUUGAGAGCCCUCUUCCAUAAUGAGCUACUGUUGUUCUGCAGAAUGAAUUUAAGGUUAUAGUAGUCAGGUUGCAUUUCUCAUGUGUUAGCUUGUGCAAACAUUUUCAUUUGCUUUUGAAGGAACAAAAUUGAACCUUCACAUUUCAUUUCAUUUUUCCCCUACAGCAUUUUAGCAAUGCAAGGCAUAAAUCACUUUUUAUGCAAUCCAUAGCUUUUAAAAUGGAGCUGGGAAUCUCUAGAUGCAGUUAGACAGAAGCUGCCAGCAUUCCUCAUACGCUUUUUUUUCUUGACAAAAGUUGCAUUUAAUUGAGGGAAGUUCCACUGAUUUCCAGGAAAUCAUUGAACACUUACUGAAUUGUAGUUUCUGAAUUGUGUUGAAAUGCAGGAGCGUUUUCUACAAAGCAGCAUAAACCCAUGCAGAGAAUUAAAAUGCUACAGAUUAUGAGGGCAUCAAUUCUGCAAGGCCUCGUGGCUAAACAAAUAACCAUAAAAGUAUUAUCUCUUCUGGUUCCAGUUCCCAAAUAACUUGUUACAACUAAAUCUUUUUGACUAAACUAGUUUUUACAACAUUUAUCACUGAAUUCCACAUAAUAUGUCUUGAAUGAAGAACAUUUUAUUUUGUGCCUAGUGAGAAUCCCUGUCUUUGAAUAACUUAGAGUAGUUAACCCAGGAUAAAACAUCCCUGCUUUAUUGAUUGCCAGGAAGUACAUUUCCAGAAAGCGAAAUUGCAGAGAAAUUGUGGCUGCCCUGGAUUUUCAGUAUUAUGUGUGAUCCCAGGCAGCACUAUAGCUGUAGUACAAUUCAUUCCCUUUUUUUGUCAACUUGUAGUAAUGGGAAGAUGUGGUUUGUCAAUUAAAGGAUACAGACUGAAAGUAUUUUAAGUAGAUUGGAAGGUCAACCACUGAAACACGACUUUGGUGAUGGCAAAAUAAUUGGCUCAUAGAAAUGGUACUUUGAGUUCAAGCCCUCAUUUUUAAUACUUCCAUUGUGUUAGCAGGUUAAGUCAUCCAUGCACCUGGAUUUCACAGUAAGCUGACAAAUGUAUCUAUUAGAAAGUAAGAUGCAUCAGGUCAUUUUCAAAACUUGUAAUCCGGUUUGCUUAUUUUCACUUUCUUGUAAUAUUUCCUUAUAAUUGGCCAGCACAUGACUUGCUUGAAUUUUUUACCUCUUUGGAUCAGAUUGGUGGAAGCUCAUUUUGAAGACCUUUUUUUUAACCAAAUAUAUAUUGAGUGUUUAAAAAGUCCCAAAUCUUUUGCCGGGUCCUCUGUAGCUCUUGUUGAUCUGGAUCCGAUUAGAGCAGCCAUGAGUAUCUAUCAGGGAUUGGGGGCUAUAUUGUGCCCAAGGAACAUUGGACUGCUGCACCCCCAUCUGGCAUGAUGUUUACCAUCAAAUGCCAUCAGUAGCCCCAAGGAAGCACCAAGGGAGAUCAGAAAUCGAAUUUGAUCAUCAAACCAGCUGUGUAAAAGAAUUCCACAGCCCUGAAUUUGCAUGAUCUGAGCAGCGCUGGCGCUUUUCUCUCAUUCAUAAAAUCACCCUUAGUGACAAAUAGCAACAACAGAUGCCAGAAUACUGUUUUGGAGAGCCAUGGUGGAUUUAAAGAAAUAAUAAAGUUUACAAAAAGCUCAUUUGAAAAUCUUUAAAAAAUAAAGCAGUCCCCUGUGGUUAUCUUUUCCUUUUCAGCGUGUGUGUGUGUAUGUGUGUGGGAGUGUAUGUGUGUUUGCAUGGGUGUUGUGGACAGAAAGGUGUAAUGUCAGGCUGAAAUUGUAAAAUAGUAUUUGUGGAAAAUUCAUUGUAAGCAAUGUAAUUGAAAUAUUGGCAAUUAGAAACAGAAUAGUUGGUUGAUUUUAAAAAAGCACCUAUUUGCUUGGAACAAAAAGAAGCAAAAUUAGAAUUGCCAGUUUCCAAUCUCAAGAUUCUUCCUUUGGUCUUGACGCUGCCUGCUAUGUUAUGAGGCAGAGCAGCCAGCCACUUCCCCUGUCUUGCUUCCCAUUGGACUUGUUGCCUAGCAUUUGUCCUGCUUGCUGUACAGUACACUUCUUGUUAUAGCAGUUUGAGCUGGACAGGUGAGACAUGUAGAAGGCAAAACCAAGGGGAAGUGGAGCAGCUGCCACAUCACCCAAUUUAAAUGAGACCUUUCAACGUACAAAGAUGGAUGUCUUGGUUGGCACUUGGCAACUGAAGAAAAUACCUAAAGGUGGGAAGUGCUUUGCUGUUACAUAUGAAAUUAAGAGGGCAUUCUAAACAACAGCAUCCUAAAACCAGGCUGCUUUCUGUGUUGUAUCAAAAUAUUUUGCAAUUGCUGCUAAUGUAAAUUUACAUGAACAUAUACCAAUAUUGCCGAGAAUUGUUAUAAUAAACUCACACCGAUUUGUUUUGUAUUUAUAUUGUGAAAUGUAUUCUGCAAACACCCUAAAUAUUCUAGCUUUAUACUCUUAUCCUUUUUGUAGACUCUAUUAGUCAUAACACAGAAAAAAGUGCCUUUGGUAUUUUUAAACACCCUAUCAUAUUGACUUGGGCAGAUGAUAACAAAGCCUUAAAAAGCAAAUAGCCUUUUCUUCAAUGUACUCCGCUGGUUAAUUUCUCACCAAACAUUGUGUUGCAAAAAUGUAUUAAUGUGCUCAAUUCAUUCCAAACAAAGGCAUUCAUGGGAUGGUGGAACAAAGCUUAUUUAUACAUCCUUAAUGCAGACAUCUCUAAAUAUUGACUUAGAGAGUUGAUGUGAUUUUUGAGCAAAUAUUUCCAAGUAUCCUGCUCAGAAAUGACGAUAUUUAAAAGGGAGCUUCCAACCAAACAACGUACCUUCUUUCGUCUUAUUUCAUAUUUUACAUGUUACAUUAUCAGUGUAAAAUAGUGGUAACAAUACUUUUAUAAAAUGCACCAUUAGAGUAACAUUGUUUCAAGGUUUGGUAUGCACAAAACUAUUGAAAAUUUAAACCAUGAAAUUCCAGGUGAUGUAUCACGAGCAGAGGAGUUAUUACAGUUACUCUUUAGAGCAGGAGUAGGGAGAAUGCAGCCCUUUAGAUGCCAGAAAGCUACUCCAAGCAUUGGUCUGCGUUGGCUAUGCUGACUAGAGCUACUGCAGCUUGCGUUACAACUAUAUUUAGAAGCUGUGCCAUUCCCACUCCUGAUUUAAAGGAUGCCAUUCAACAUAUAGAAAGAACUGGUGGAAAUACCCUUUACCCUACAAAUACACACUGCAAACUUUUAUACAAGCCGUUUGACAGCAAACAAAACAUGGUCCACUCAGGCAUAAGCACCUAUAGAUCCUGUUGGUUCUAACCAGAGAAAAAUAUGCUUAUCUUUCCUCACUUGAUUCCAUUAGACAUGAAAGUGCCUGUCUUUGGCUAGGAUUGUAACUUUUUUAAUGAAUUGUACACAAUAAGCUCUUGACAUUGCAACCUAUAGAUCGUUCCAUAACACUGCUAGAUUUCUGUUUGACGUUACUGGCUUUGUGUAUAAAAUACUUGUAAAGUUAACUCUUUGCAUUUUGUAUUUAUAGAUUUUGUCAAUUUUGUUUUGUAAUUAAAACCUUGGAAAAAAUGUUUGACACUGCCCGGCAUAAAUGAUUUUUUAAAAAUCAA